AUGCCCUGCCAAUCUCCUCCGGUCUCAGCCCUGGCCUCGUAUGCGAGAUCCUUGCGAACAAGAUGUCCCGAGGCCGAAGCGAGUCCGAUGCUCUUACCCAUGUAUACGGUACCAGUGAGGGAUUUGCUGGACAUGGCAGAAAUGGAACCACACGAGGAGUUGAAGGCGAAGGGUCUCCUGGUGGUGUUUCAGCGGAGUCUGGGAAAUGCAGCCUUUGUUUCACACCAGUGGGUCGGUCAUGAACAUCCAGAUCCAGAGUUCAAGCAGAUGAGGGUUUUGCAAGCAGCUCUCAAGUAUGCCAUGUCUUCAUCUUUGAAACAUAUACCCUUGGAUAUUGUCACUGAGCUGCUUCUGCCUGGUGCCAAAGACAUGCCAACUUCGGAGCUUGUGGAGAAGGAUCUCUUUAUUUGGUAUGAUUACUUCUCAUGUCCUCAGUUGGAGAGGAAGCCGAAAGAAGGCGAAAGAAGUGAACUUUCUAAAGCCAUCGAGAGCAUCCCUGCCUAUGUGGCAGCAUCGGCCUUCUUCUUUGUGCUUUGUCCGGUCAUCGAAAAUGAACAUCUCUCCAAGGAAAAGCAGUAUCCGUUUGCUGCUUUCGUUUGUGAUAUCGUGCAAUUUGGUGAUUGCAACGCUUUCAACUGUUUUGCUUGGAGCAAGCUGCUUGUACGCAUCCUGAGGCUGAUCUCAUGUCCAUCAGCAUCCAUGGGCAGCGGCCCCCCGGGUCAAGGAGAGUUUUCACUUGCAGAGGACCGGAAGAAAGUUGAGGAGCUGCUGUUGCAAACCGGAGGACGUGGAUUGGACAUGACACUUGCCCUCAAUGAAUCCCUGACUCACCACGGAGGUUCAGCGGAACUGGUGAAGCGUUUGCUCGAUUUGCGAGCUGACGUGAAUGACCAGACCUUUACUUGGUGGAAGCCUGGCUUUGGUAUGGGGCUCAUUGCCAUGCAAAAGAACUUGCAGCACAAAUGUGGAAAGAGGACCCUGUGUAGCAAACUGAUGUAUCAUGGUGGACAUGGUGGAACGCCUUUGAUGCUGGCGAUGUUGACCUACCAGUACGAAGCAGCUGCGUGUCUCAUUGCAGAAGGAGCACGCCUGGACUCGCGCAACUCGCGGGGAUGGACCGCCAAGGACUUCGCAGCAGGACAGCCAGUGCCAGAUUUUCUUCUAGAAGCUUUCGAAGGAAGCUCAGAAGGCUGUUGCAGAGUGACAUCUAUAGCUCUUAGGAAUGCUUGUGUUGAGCUUUAG